GGUUCCCGAAAAAGUCAGAUUAAUAAUGUCUAAGUUCAUGAUCUCAACCAAUUGCUCCCUCAUUCUAGUCGUCCUUCUUUUUACAAUUUUAAUUCGAGGAGAAUUAGUUGACGGAGAAACGAUUUCGAAACCCGUAAACAAAGCAAUAAUCAAAACCAUUAAGGUUGACGAAGAUGAGAUUAUCGAUUGCUAUGAUAUCUACAAGCAACCUUCCUUAAAUCAUCCUUCGCUUCAUAAUCAUCAAAUUCAGAUGAGACCAAGUAUGAUCCCGAAGAAUAUAAAAUUGGAUAAUCUUGGGACACUUCAACUUACACAGACUUGGCAUAAGUAUGGAACAUGUCCAGAAGGAACAAUCCCUAUACGAAGGAAUAUAAAAGAUUAUCGUCCAACACUUUCACCUAAACAUCGACUUUCAACAUUUUCUCAUUCUAAGGCACCUAAUACAUUAGAACCAAAUAAGGUGACGGACGGCCAUGAGUACGCGGUAAUUACGGUGCAUGGCAAUUACCUAGGAGGACAGGCAAAAAUAAAUCUUUGGAAUCCGGUAGUGGAAACACCAGUUGAGAUAAGUGUAGCUCAAAUCUGGGCUUUUGCAGGUGCCGGUACUAACGGUUUCAAUAGUAUUGAAGCUGGAUGGGAAGUAUGUCAACCGAGAUAUGGUGAUUACCAGACCAGAUUCUUUAUAUUGUGGACUACUGAUGGCUACAGAAAUAGUUGCACCAACCUCGAAUGUGAAGGUUUUGUACACAUAUCUCCGGAUAUCGCUCUUGGAUGCAAUUUCACAGAUAUGUCCACUUUCAAAGGAGACCAGAAAGAUGCCACCUUCAGCAUACACAAAGACCCAAGUAGUGGAAAUUGGUGGGUACAAGUACAAGGUAUUUCAGUGGGAUAUUAUCCAAGUUCUCUAUUCACCCUGUUAUCGAAGACACCAGCAACAAUGGAAUUCGGUGGAGAAAUCUUUAAUGAGAGAUCUAAAGGACGACAUACUAUUGCUGAAAUGGGUAGUGGUCAUUUCCCUUCGGAAGGAGGUUUUGGUGUAUCCAGUUAUUUUCAUCAUGUCCAAAUAAUUGAUGAAAAUAACGAAGCAAAAGACCCCGAAAACGUUGAGCGGUAUGUGUCAAACCCAAAUUGCUAUGAUUUGAAAAUCGACGACAAACAUACCAAUGGUUAUGGGUUUUAUUUUGGAGGUCCGGGUUAUAAUGAUAAAUGUCAAUAAUAAAGAUAUGAACCUGUCACCCUUGAUAAAUUGUUAGUAUCGGACCAAAUUGACCGAGUCUGUUGAGUGAAUUGUAAACGAGAUAAGCUUGAUUGAGUUUUUAGCUUUCCUUGUUACCCAUUAAUCAAUAAAAUGCUAAGUUAAGGGUGUUA